AUGGCGCAAGCAGCAAAUGAACACGAAGAGCCUCUUCAGGCAGAUGAUGCCGCGUCUUUGAGCCAUGAUUCCGCCUUAGCAGCGUCUCUCGAGUCAGGGAGUUAUCUUACUUCUCUCAACUCCAGUGUCUUGAACUAUAAAUACGAAAAUGGACGGCGAUAUCACGCAUUCCGUGAGGGCGCAUACCUGGUCCCCAAUGAUGAUGAAGAGCAAGACAGAAUGGAUCUAGGCCAUCACAUCUACCGUCUUGUCCUCGGUGGCGAUCUCUUUCUCGCGCCUAUUGGCGAUAAAGUCAAGCGAGUCCUUGACCUCGGCACGGGAACAGGUAUCUGGGCCAUGGAUUUCGCCGACGAAUAUCCUCAAGCCGAAGUCCUUGGCACCGAUUUAAGUCCCAUCCAACCUCCAUGGACCCCACCAAACUGUCUCUUCGAAGUCGAUGAUUUCGAAUCAGACUGGCUCUUCCGCCAACCCUUCGACUUUAUUCACGCGCGCGAACUAGAGGGCUGCAUCAGCAACAACGCCCAAUUCUUCACCCGCGCUCUGCAGAGUUUAGCGCCCGGUGGAUAUCUUGAAAUGCAAGCUGUUCACUCAGAGUUCAAAUCCGACGAUAACACGAAAGAUAAAGCUGAUAAUGCGCUGCUUUGGAUGAAGACUAUGGUUGAGGGGUCCUCAAAGUUUGGAAAGCCGUUGAAUGUGGCGCCGGAGUGGAAGAAGCAGAUGGAAGAGGCUGGGUUUAUGGAUGUUGAGCAGAAGAUUCUCAAGGUACCGAUUGGAUCUUGGCCUAAGGAUCCGAAACUUAAAGAGAUUGGAAAGUUUCAGUCUGUGCAGGAAGCACAGGUCAUCACGUCGUAUACUCCUGGCAUCUUCUCGCGUAUUCUUGGAUGGAGUGACAAGGAGAUUCAGGUGUUUAUGGCAAAGGUGAAGAAGGAUCUUUCAGAACCGAGUAUUCAUCUUUAUCUUCCAGUCUAUUUCAUCUGGGGAAGGAAACCGGAGUGA